CGCUCAUCACAUAGCAUUGGACUUAUGGAUAAACUCUAAUCCCCACAAUGAGUGAGAGCUUCGACUGGAACUACCCAGGCCUAGACUGGUCCCAUUUUCACUCUCUUGCGAACCUCCUCUCGCUUCGAAAUGGCGGCCAGGCUGAGCCUUCUUCGAUAUCUGAUACGGUGCUCGAAGAAGACUGGGAACCCGAUGGCAAUGAAGAUGGGGCCACGCCUAGCAUGGAUACUAGAUUGGCUGAUCAAAUAUCAGAUUCGGGGCAUGGGAGGCUUAAACGAAAGUUUCUUGAUUGUUUAGCUGAAUUCGCGGCUAACAAGAAGGGCGGGACCGCAGUUGCUUGCUCCGCCAUGAAGGAGGCGGAAGGCAAUGUCGUCAUCUGGAUUGCUCGUAAUGAAGGCUUCUCGGAGGUGGAUAAGCCUGCGUUUGAUAAAUUGGGAGAGGUGCUGGGUUCGUUAUCUUGCAACAGUGCCAAUCAAUCUGAGACUCUUCUAUGGGAAGAUAUGGUCUCGUAUCAUCAGAACCGGAUUGAACACAGCUAUAUUCCUAACUUGAGGGUAAGCUUCAAAGCUUACGACGCUGUGCGCAGGAGGAAUGAUACAAACACGCCAGAAAACAGUUCAGCCUCUGAUGCUACCCUAUCAGCCCUACGGACUCUUCUCUUUGAUCGUAACAUCAACGGUACAAGCACCCUUGAAAAGCACAUGAGGCUUGUUAUCGCAUCAUACAACCUGCGUCGGACAAGAAACAUGGAGGAGGCACUCUACAGCUCUCCAAGCGCGACUUCCAGAUCGAAGAGCUUGUGGUUGGAUAUCUGCCUACUCGCCCGGCUCCGAGUCGCAUUCCACAAUUUCAAAGACAUUGCUCUCACGCUCCCAAGCUUCGAACACGUCACAAUCAUCCUGGUCCCGCGGCCCCUGGCGCCUGCAAACCCGUCUCAGAAGCCGCUCAAUUUGAACCAGACCUUCGGUCUCCUCCAACUUGAUCUGGGUCCUGCUACAACGAAGGCCGUCUUAGGCCAGAAUUGGACUGUCGCUAAGAUUGAACGCGAGUUCGCAAAACGGCAAAAGCAAAAGCCGCACGUACACGCCGAGGUUCAAAUGCUGAUGUCUCUGAAUACCAAUGAAGCAUCCACGUCGGGGUUGUUCCCGUAUUUCGGAUGUAGCAAGCUCUGCUGCUUCAUGUGCAAUCGCUUUAUUCAGUCGUAUGGGCGGUUCACGACAAGAGGGUGCCAUGGACGCCUCUUCAAACCAUGGACCGUGCCAAGUGUGGGUCGACUUCUGCCUGGUCAGGCCGAUCGGACAGCAAAGGCUCUUAUAUUAGUGCAAAAGGAGGUCAAGAAGAAAUUGAAGGCCUCAGUCGAGGGCUAUAUUCCGCACGAACGAACUUCGGUUAUCGGAGGAAGCAGCAUUUUAGGUGGUCGGCAGGAGGAGCGCUCACAGAGACAGUUGCAGAUUGACCGGCUCAGAAUGAAAGCAGAACGCGACAGAGUUGCAGAAAUGUUCAGAAGGCAAACGGAGGACACAGCGAGUCCAACCAGGCUCACCUAUUCAACUCCAGAAGGAGAUGAGCCGGAGUGGGACUGCGAUAUAUGUAUGAGGCCUACGACGAGAAGGUGCAACAUUUGCAGCAAAGGCUACUUCUGCAGCGAUUCGUGCCAGGAGAAAAGAUCCGGACGUCAUUUGUUCACGUGCUCUAAACGCCCACUCACUUCAGCUGAUUAUCUCUGGGAGUCAUUGGCAAAGGAUCUCAUGCCUCAAGAUGAGGAUGUUCUUGAAGAUUUCGGGUUUAACAACGUCCUCUCUGGCGGGGACAGGAGUAACCUUCUGGGGGUCUAUGGAGGCCUCUAUCUUUCCGGCAAGUUCUCACCGGAGGACAUACAUGAGUGGCGUGUUGGGGGCAUCCUGGUCGAUAAGAUCAAGGAGUUCUAUUACGCCAUUCCGGAGAAUUGCCGUGGGCAAUACUUUCCCUGGCUUCUGAAGAAUCUCUAUGUCCUAGAGCGCCCUAUGACCAAAGACGAAGCGCAGCAAAAGAUGAUAGCGACCUUCUACGACAAAGCCAAGCCAUACCUGGAUAUCGAGGAUCGCGACAAGACGGCUAGGGAACUAAAGCCAGAAGCCAGGGGAGCUAGUUACGCCUUGUUGGCGGAAACGUUACUCCGGAUUACUCCUAAUCCGGUUGAAACAAACUGGUACUCUUUCGGAUUUGUAACCUGCCGCGGCCAGGGCGAAGAAAGCAUGCUUGUAGAUCUCUACCAGCUCCUUCUCACCGAAAGCGACGGAAGUUUCUUCUACGAGUUCCAUAACCGUCGAAGGGGUGUCGUUCAGCCUGCCACGUUCACGCAAUUUUGGAAAGCAUACGAAGCGGGAACACUUAUCCAGCUCAUGGAUUCGAAGGGGCUGAAGGAACUACGAUCCAGGCUGCCGUUCCUGGAGGGCUUUUUGUCCGUGCCGCCGGCCGGCCCCCGCCCCUCCGUAUGGGACCUGAAGCAGUUUCUUGAGAUCGGCGAGCCGAUGGAGCAUCCGCCCAUUCCGUCGGUCAACGUUGACUAUGGGUUUAUCAACUGCCGCACUUUUGAGGAAACCUGUAUACUGAUGGAAAUUUACGGAGCGGUUCUGAAGACCGCGAAUCCACUGGCACUCCACCAGGCGUGUGUGGCUGGUGAUUUGUUUCAAUUUGCAAGAGGUUACGUCCGGAUGGAGGAGCGGUGGAGGUCGUUGAUGAAGAAUUUCUAUCCUUUGGAGGAUAGUGGAGUUGGAGCUGGGCCAGAGCUGAGGUCAGAGGUAGGGCCAGAGGCGGAUGAAGAUUCUGCGGGUUCGCCGUCGCUAUUAUCGAGGCUUUGGGGGUUCAUUGGUGGAUUUUCUAAUUAAUAGGGUGAUAGGUAAGUGCAACUGCAGGCCACAAGUGGUCGUGCGGGUAGUUCAACUGUUAAGUAGAUCUAGCCCGUUCACAAGGGGUGUCUCGCUACGCAGGGAUGGACGGUAUAGUAAUUAUUCUCAAAUUCCAAC